UUUGCUUACCUCUCAGUAUAUUCUAACUUGUUUUUGAUGUUGCGGUAUUACAUUGCAAAAAUAAUACUUAAUUUGAAGAAAUAGCACAACUUUUGUAUUCGCCUUAGUACAAAUUUGCUACCUAUUCUUUUAGCCUUGACAUGAACAGGGAUCAUGAAAACUGUCAGCGACGCAUUCUAUUUUGCUAUCCCUAAUAAACAAAUACCAUAAACGAACCAGUGGCGUCGCGUAACCUCACUUUUUACCUGUUCAACAACUUUGAAAACGUUAUUUAGGGUCAUGUUUACAUUUCAAUCAGGUUCAAAGGACACAGGGUCUUCUAGUUUGACUGAUUUGUAUCCAUUUGAACCAAUAUUGUUUUGUUUGUUUACGUUUUGAGAGUUGUUGAACAGGUAGAUUGAGGUUAGGACGACGCCACUGAAACGAACUGUGCCCUGGAUGCGUAAACUAUCCCACAAAUGGUUUGGAUGAUACCCCGAACACGUCGUUAAGCUCUCUUUUAUGGUUAUUUUUAUUAGGGAUGUCCAUGUUCUUCAUUCCUUUAUUUAACGUCGGUCUCGGUUCCGCAAUCUAGUGCCAAUUACCGACGCAAUAGUGCAGGAAGGCAGCUUCCACACCUGCGUAGGAUAUCGCACCCAUUCAACACACAUGGGCCGGGACCAACGGCUUUACUUCCCUUCCGAAGGAAGACGUGACCAGAGAUGUUUAUGCCUCAGAAAAAUCCCACCGAUCUCGGCUGGGAUUGAGCCCAGACUCAUUGGGGUGUUAGAAAGCAGACACGCUUACCACUACACCACCGGCACCGGCAAUAAAUCCAUGUUAAUUUCUUAAAUUUGUUUAGGUGUAUAUCUAUCAGAAGUAGAGUUCCGUACAAAAUCCCUCAAAAACUUUUCUAAGGAAAUAAAUUAUAGAUACAGAUAUCAUCACCGAUUUAAAAAAUAAACGCAAAAUCGCGGAUUUCAAUUUGGUAACCUUGGAGUCCGUCCAUAGUGUACUUGUGACGGGUAGUGUGAAUUAUUUCACCUUUUCCGCAAUCACAAGAAAGACCAGAUGACAGCAAAUCAAAAUCCAUUCUUUAGCGAACCCUGCCUCUACAAAACGGUACUCACUCUCCUACGAAAUUCAUUCCAUCGAACGUUCUGCGCCUCCAACCUCUCAACAACGACGACAGAAAACAUUCGUACACAUUUGAAUGCUUCACGAGCAAAACCUUUGCCCAUCUCAGCCCACAGUUCAAAUGUGAUAUUAUGCAAUAAAUCGCUUGACAGGUCGAUAAAUAAACAAAUACAUGUAUUCCUCCUAUCAGCACCUCAAAGCUCUCCACGCAAAAAUAUGUAAAUACAAAUCAAAAUGGCGGAGCAGUGCAUCUCUAUAUAAACAUAUACCCGAUUCCGCUACCACAGCAGGCCACCAAAAGGAACCGUACGUUCGUUCGUUCUCCUCGACCGUCCCGGUUUCCUCCCGAUCAUAACCCAACCAAUCUCCUAGAGAAGAGAGAAUGGGUGCCUAAUUUGCGUAACUUUUACUCACAGGCACUCACACACCCAGCCACAAUCGGUGUCAGCCGAGCACAGGUUUGACAUUGCCUUAUCGUUGCUGUAAGCUGAAUGAGUUGCGGCUAGUGAGUGCCGAUUUGUUGACAGUCGCUCAAUCAGGUCACUCGCCAAAACUCUACACACCUCCAACUUAUACGCCAAUAAUCAUCGCUACUUUUGACACUGAGGAAAAUAGCAGCAGUAGAUGGAAGGAUUUAUUUUUUCACCAACACAAUCAUGAAAAACGUGGUUGAAAACAAAUAGCUGUCACAGAGCCAAUCAAAGGGAUGUUUGUUGUCAGCCACAGUUCGCGUUCGGUUUUCACGACACUACUAUGAAAAAUUUGCAUGAGAGCAAAAGAGACAGCAAUACGAUUAUUCUACUCAGCCAUUGAGUAGAAUUGCUUGCGCUUAGUGUUCGUGAGAUCCGCCGUCGUCGUCGCCAUCAUGCCAUAGUUUCCAAGUGCUGCUCGGACGACUCAGACUGACUAACGCUACAAAAGUGCCUAUCGCUGCCUGUUGCUGCUCGUUUUUGCUGACAAAAUGACUCCGUUGCCCGUCAAACAAAUGUGUCCAUCCCGUCAAGAGUUCGUGUUCGGUUUGGCGUCACCGGUUGCUCGUCAGGAGCAACUGUUGCUCUCGGAGUACCUGUCGGAUGUGGUCUUCCAGGUGGGCAGUACCGGCCAGUUGAUGCACGCCCACAAGCUGAUCUUGACGGUCGCCAGCGAGGUGUUCUUCGCCCAGUUCAAUGGAGGGUUUGACGAGGCCAAGCAGGAUAAUCGCGAUACUCCCAUCAUCAUUGAAGACAUCGAGUCGGCGAUAUUUACGCAGGUCCUGCGCUACAUCUACUGUGAGAAAGUCGAUCUGACUCCCGACAACAUAAUGGACAUCUACUGUGCCUCGGAGAAGUACUUGCUGACCGGUUUGAAUACGGUCUGUACAAAGUUCCUCAAGACAACCCUCAACGUGGAGAACGUCCUGAAAGUGUUCAACGAUAACCGGCAGUACGGUUUCGCGAAUGUGGACGAACUUUGUUUGAGCAUCAUUAGCGACAACCCGAUCAGGUGCUUUCAGAGCGAAGAUUUCCUGAAAUUGCGUCAACCGGCGCUGGAACUGAUCGCCGCCUGUCGGGCCAUGAACUGCCAAAAGGAUCAACUCUGCACGGCCAUCCAGGAAUGGUGCAAAGCCAACGACUCAAAAGCAGUCUUCAAGCCUCAACUGGAGGCCUUACUAUGUGACAAACUGUACUCGUUCAGUACAUUCCGUUAUGACGAUGAUGUCAGCACAGAUCUCAAGAUCAACGUAAAGGGAAAAAUGCAUCUCCAUGGAUUGGGCGUUUUCAUAGGAAGCAACUCGAAGCUUUUUGCUCCAACUAGCGUGGAUCUGACGGUUCAGAUUAAACCGUGGAAUGUAAUUGUCAACAGGAGUGUCUGCCUCCGGAAGAAUCUUUACAUCGAGAAUAUUCUGUUCGAAAAGCUCGCCGUUACGAACGAAUGCCGGAUCAUCGUUACGCUUCCGAAGAGGUUCUUGUUUUGCCUGGAGCAGUUCCAUCCGGUUGAUACGCAGGGAGCGCUCGAGUUGACGGUUACCGAUAUGAAACUUACCAAUGAAUACUUGAUGCCCGCUUUAACGUCUUUUAGUUUCAACACUUCUAAUCAACCUCCCAGGUCAGCUUUUAAUCAACCCUUUGGAGUCCAAACUACGAAGGAGCAGCAGGGGACCAACUGUGUGGCAUAUCUUUUGUACAGUUCUUAAGGAACUUGGAAAUAGGUACUAACUUUCACCAUUCCAACAGAUGUCACCCCGUAAGUGACAGACCAGCUUAUGCCAAAAUUGAAUCAAUCCAUAGCAGUUCUCCGGAAUUUCGAAAAUUUUCCCGGUUGUGCAUAUAAAUUAAGCAUAAAAGCGAAUGCGAUGAAGUUAAAUGGGAUCAUUACUAAGAUAGUAGCAUUUUUCCGGGAUCUUGAAUUCGGUUCUGCGUUCGAAGUCUGCACAAUUUGUCGAUGAAAAUAUCAAAAUAAGACAAGAUUUUUUAUUUGAUGGUUGUCAAG